AUGGAUGUAUCCAAUAUAUAUGAUAAUAAUAAUAAUAAAUUAAAUGGAUCCACACCGGUGGUAGAACGCAAACACAAUGGUCUUAUACAAACUAUACCGCAUAAUGAACAUAACAAUACUGUAUCACAUCAAUUAUCUCACACACUCAAAGAAGGUACUGUUUAUAAUUUUAAUACAAUUUGUCAGAAACAAUCUAGCAAUUCGGAUAAUAGUAAUGAUAUCAUAUCAGUUCAAAACAGGAAUAAUCUUGUUAAUAAUUAUCAACAAUUAUCAUCUGUUAUUAGUCAGUCAACAAUGCUUCCUGAGUAUGCUGUUACUACUACCUCUAAUCCAACAACAACUACUGAUGUUAUUAGUCAUAAUCUUAAUACUUAUAUCGAUUCAAGCAUCAAAAGUGAGUGUACACGUGUUUCUGUAAAUUCCAGUCCUAUGAAAUCAAUUAUGCCAGAAUCUACAAUCAAUAAACCACCUACGGAACAGUUGAAAUAUUCACAUGGAAAUUUACCUAAUGGUGCUACCACAUUAUCACCAUCAUCAUCGUCUAUGUUAGCGAAUCAAAUGAAUGUCAACGGUGCACAUGUUAUUAUGAUGCUCUCUCCGUCUAUCACAAUCCCGACAUCUCUUCAUUCAUCGUCAGCUAAUCAGAUUAGUACAUCAUCAUCAUCAUUUUCAAAUGUUCAACAAUCUUCUUCCAAUUAUAAUAACAAUAAUAAUUCUAAAAUCAUACCACAUUCAUCUAAUUGUUCUCAAACUUAUACUACCCCGCCAUCACUACAUCAAACUUUUGCGGUUGCAUUAGCUGAGGCUGCUGCUUUAGCCACAGGAGUACCGUCGACAAGUUUUGUACCCGUUCCUGUACAAGUCACUACCUAUGUCCCUCCACCAUCAUCAACAACAAUCACAACAACACGAUCCAUAAAAAAUGAAGAGCAUAAUGACAAAUUAAAUAAUCAAUGUAAAAUUUCCAAUUCAUUGAAUAAUGAAAUUAACACCAUUUCGAAUCAACAUUUUAUUCUGUCAGUCAUGGUGACUGAUAAUCAUGUUCAUAAUAAUGAUGAUGAUAAUAAUAAUAAUAACAAUAAUGGUAAUGGUGAUAAUCAGAAAUCAUUUUCAGUUCAAAGAAAAAUCCCAUUUGUCUUAAGUACACCUAGUUUCCAUUCAAACGUCAAUAAUAUUCAAAAUGAUAGAAAUAUCAUCAUUGAUGGUAAACAACAUCAUUCCACUCCAUCAGUAUUAAAAGAUAUUUCAUUGACUAACACAUCUGAUGAUAACGUUUAUGAUAGUAAAUUGACCCAUCAAGCUGUAUAAUGUAGCUGAUGAUGAUAAAAACUGAGGGGGGAUAGGCAGCAUGAAAAUAGAAAGUGUCACUUAAUUGAUAAAGGAAAUGACAAAUACAAUCUCUAUACUUGUAAACUGACAAUAUGCCUCUAUCCCUACUACCAUUACUACUGCUUUUGUUGCUACACAUAGCACAGUAGUAUUCAAAUAAAGGUCUCUUUAUACUUAUCAGUGUAUUCCCUCGAUCUUCUCAUUAACUAUUACUUCAACAAAGUGAUUCGUUCACCUGAAAUAAUUCUCUUUUGAUCAUUACUUUUUAGUUUUCCUUUUAUAUUUAUUCCAUUUAUCGUCAAAAUAAUCUCUUUUUUAUGUUGAUGUGUACGUGUGUUCAUGUUUCAAUGUUUCUACCACCAACUGUCACAUUUCUUCUAAACAAAUAAGAUCUACGCUUUUUUAUUAUUAGGUGUCGAAUAAUUACUAAUAGGCUAUCAGAUCACGUUAAUUAUCUUAUACAUUUUUCAGUUUUCUUUAUCGUUUUCUUGUUUUUACAAAUUAUUUGUAUAUUUAGGUUCCAUUAAAAUCUAUCAUCAUGGCAACUAUCAUCAUUAGUGUCAUUAUCAUUUUUGUGUGACCUCUCCCUCACUACGCGCCUAUACACACAUACAUCGUACGUUUGCUAUUCUCUCACCACCACCACUCUUGCUCUGUUGUUUCCUUCCUUAAAUACAUGUAAACGGAAUAUACCUAUUAAGACAAAAUAGGGAAGAUAUAUAUGUGCUAAACUAUUUGUUCUCACUUUGUGUGCACUAUUUUCUGGUAUAUAUCCAGUUUUAGUUUACAUUGUAUCAAUAUGUUACGUGUAAACACAAAAUCCCCUUCUUUGCUGUCUUUUCUCUCCAUCACUAGUUAAUAAGAAAAAGUGAAAUGAUAUUUUGAACAAUCCCACCGUGCUUCUGUUUCCUUUCUUUCUAAUUCGUUUAUUUCUUGUCUCUUAUCUGAUUUUUCAACAUACCACGUUUUACAAUGGGAAGAUGGGCAAUUAUAUAAUAUUAUUAUAAUCACUUUUUCAUGUGUUUGUUUUUUGAAUUAUUCCUUACUGGAUUAUUACUACUCUGUGAUGGGCGCGGGAACUUCGAGCGAUACAAUUGUUAUACCAAAGCAAAAUGUAUUAAACAUAUUGAAGAGACUAUGCUUCAAGGAAAUGAAAUUGCAUUUCUCCCUCUUUUUCCUGUUUAUCGUCAUCAACGCUAGACAUCUAAAAACAAUAUCAUAUCACCCGGUUCACAUAUUAGGCUCAUAUUAUUAUCCAAUCUAUAUCAUAAUGUUUGAUUCUUUUAUCUCCUUCCUGUUCUCGCCCCCACUCUCCAACUCAAAUCACAUGAGCUAACCUUGGUGUCUAUCGUAGACACCAGCUAGUUGUCAGUGAUGAGAUACUGUUUGUCUCCUUCUCUUCUAUUAAUUAUUUCAUAAAUGAUUAAUUGCCAUUUUGUUAUAUUUUUUUUCAAUAGGGAAAUUUAUUCCUAUUUCUACAUUUAUGUGUAACAUCACUCAGUUUUUCUUAUUAAAGAAAUACAAAAUAAGACUUUUCAAGUCCAUCAUAUUUACUGCCGCGACUCUCCACUCACUCAUUUACUUGUGUUAACACAAAAAGGGAAAAAUUCUAAUUCUCAAAAAAUAUACAGGUAGGUAAAAUCGUCUGGAAUGCGGCGUUUAUUACGUGUUAUUAUUGUUUAUUCUUGCUGACGUUAUUUAUCAUCAAUCUACUUGUUCUUUUACCGAAUACUCUACUCUUCUUGCCUUUUUUUAUUCACUAAUUGUUGCGAUUCCGCGGUAGUUUUCCUCAAACUUCUUUAUUUGUUGUCUGUUCCUCAUCUUUAUGUGUAUGUAUGCGUGCGGGUACUUCCACGCACAUUUGUGUAUGUCUAUCUGUUUGGUGAUUUUUUUUAAACCAUAAAUUGACGAUUACGAUGUUAUUAACGAUUUCGGAUAAUUCUUCAUUUUUUCCCCUUCAUACUUUUGUCAAAUGUAUUAAUGCUUUGUGUGUGUAAGUAUGAAUAAAAUAUAAAUUAUCUUUGAAUACAGU